UAUAACAACUAAACUAAAUUAUUGAUACUAGUUUAAGCCCAACACCUCAGAUACAGACAAUACUCCACUGGGCCUCGGCGCUGAUAUUCACCAAAGCCCAACACCUCAGAUACAGCCAAAACACAACGGCUCCCUGAAGCAGCAGAAACAGAGCAAAGAUGGUACGGUGGUGAAGACGCUCUCCCGAGAAAAAGCAGAUUUUGAUCCUCUCCAAGCUUUAGCCGAUGACUCACCAUGACAGCUAACGAUGUAGAUAAGGUUUACUUUUUCUCAUCUAGAUCCUUCCAUGAGAUUGUAUAAAAACAUAGUGAGUAAAAGCAUAUCCUUAAAGAAAAGUUUACAUCUUUUUCAUCCCCUCUUCAUCUCAGACCCUCAAAGAUUCUCAAAUCACAGAUGGAUGGAGAAACCGCAGCAGCAGCGAAGAAGGCAGUGGCAACAGUGGCGAGUUCCACCGCAUCGCCGAGCCGCUACGAGGCACAGAAGAGACGAGACUGGGACACUUUCGUCAAGUAUCUAAAGAACCGCGAGCCACCUCUCUGCCAGUGUCGUUGCAGUGGCGCACACGUCAUUGAGUUCCUCAAGUACCUCGACCAGUUUGGUAAGACCAAAGUCCACGUCGCGGCUUGUCCCUUCUUCGGAGAACCGAACCCACCGGCUCAGUGCACUUGCCCUCUCAGGCAGGCUUGGGGAAGCCUCGACUCUCUCGUCGGCCGCCAAAGGGCUGCGUUCGAGGAUAUCGGCGGUGGUCUUCCAGAGUCAAACCCUUUCGCUGCUAAGGUCGUUAGUAUCUAUCUGAAGGAAGUACGUGAAGCUCAGGGUAAGGCUCGAGGGAUUCCCCACGGCAAGAAAAAAUGGAAACGGCCUCGUGUAGCCAAGGCGACUCUAAACGCCGAUGAUGGAGGAGGUGGCCGUGGAAGUGGUGUUGCUGCUUUGGUUGUUUCUGCAACUAUGGUUUAGUAUAAAUACCCGUUGCUAAAUCUAAUUAUAGUGUUCUUUGCUUUAUAAAUUUUAUAAUUUGCGUAUUCGUUUAUUUGAGUUGUGAAAUGCAAUUAUAAAUGGAAAAAGACGAUCGUAGAUUAUUAUAAUAUGGUUCAUAUUAUGUUUA